CCAGGGCUCCGAUCCCAGGGCUGAGCGAGGAGGUACGGGAAGGGGCCGGGGCAAAGGCUCAGGUGGGUGGAGGCCAGGCAGGGAUAGGCACCUGUUGGACCUAGCCGAGGGUGGGCGAGCUCCGGGGAAGCAACGGCACCUGUGGUUAUUGGACAUGGGUUUGGGGAGUGGAGUUCUGAAAAUCCACCUGAGACACUGCCUGCCUCUAACCUUAGUGUCUGUCCUACCACAGUGUCUGUCCCAUCCCAGCUGACGACACUGUCUUACCUCGAGGUUCCCUGUCUUCACCCCCAUCUCCUGGCCCCAGCCAGGACUUCCGGGUUCUCCCAUUUAUCUUGCAUGAACCAGGCGAGUUCUCUGGCACGGGCACCUCAGAUGCGGUCUGGCCUUGCUUAGAUAUGCUUCCCCUCCACCAACCCCCGUUCUUCCAGGCACAGAAGAUUCCAGAAACAGAACCCAGGCCUCUGGCAUCCUGUUCUCUCGCUCGUCCUCUCUUCUGUUCAGCGGCUUGCCCUCUCUCUCCCUGUGACAGCUCUCUCUCUCUUUAUUCUUCUUCUGCUCGUAAGGCUUCCAAGCCGCCUGCUCCGGGGCCACUGGAGCUUUUGAUUUGUUACCGACCGGGAGCGCAUUCUUGGCUGUCCCAGCAGCCGGCUCCCGUGGGCACCAUGGCUUCCGUGGAGCCCCUGACGGCGCUGUCCCGCUGGUACCUGUACGCCAUCCACGGCUACUUCUGCGAGGUGAUGUUCACAGCGGCCUGGGAGUUCGUGGUGAACUUUAACUGGAAGUUCCCGGGGGUCACCAGCGUGUGGGCACUCUUUAUCUACGGCACCUCCAUCCUGAUCGUGGAGCGCAUGUACCUGCGCCUGCGGGCCCGCUGCCCGCUGCUGGUGCGCUGCCUCAUCUACACGCUCUGGACCUACGUGUGGGAGUUCACCACCGGCUUCAUCCUGCGCCAGUUCAACGCCUGCCCCUGGGACUACUCCCAGUUCGACUUUGACUUCAUGGGCCUCAUCACCCUGGAGUACGCCGUGCCCUGGUUCUGCGGGGCCCUCAUCAUGGAGCAGUUCAUCAUCCGGAACACCCUCCGCCUGCGCUUCGACAAGGACGCUGAGCCGGGGGAGCCCGGAGGCCCGCUCGCCCUGGCCAACGGCCACAUCAAAACUGACUGAGUGGGGGACUCGUGGGGGAAGGGCUGGGGCCUCUCAUGGACCCUGUGGAGAAAAGUACGAAGCUGGUGGAGUUGCCCCUUCUGUACAGCACAAGCCUUGCCCCACCCUGGCCUCAGCUCUGCUGGGCCACACAGCCCCAGCCUCAGCCCUGCGGGGUGCACACAGCCCCAGCC